UUAAGUUGGAUUGAUAAACUUACUGGAUUAACAGAUCGACUUGAGAAAAUCUUCAACGAUUUGGAUGAGUUUUAUGAAGAACUGAUUGAGCAACAUCACAAUCCCAAUAGGCCAAAAUCUAUGGAAGGAGAUAUUCUUGAUCUUUUGCUUCAAUUGAGGAAAGAGCAAUCCACUCCAAUUGAUCUCACUUUGGAUGAUAUCAAAGGAAUUCUCAUGAAUGUGUUCGUUGCUGGAUCAGACCCUAGCGCAGCUGCAAUAGUAUGGGCAAUGACAGCGUUGAUAAAGAAUCCAAAAGUCAUGAAGAAAGUCCAAAAUGAAAUCAGAGAAACAAUUGGGGACAAAGGCACUGUGAAUGAAGAUGAUAUCCGAAAUACGUCCUACUUCAAAGCCGUGAUAAAAGAGACAUUUAGAUUAUAUCCGCCAAGCCCACUUCUAAUUCCAAGAGAAUCAAUGGAAAAAUCCACACUAGAAGGGUAUAAAAUUCCGCCAAGAACUAUAAUUCAUGUUAACUCAUGGGCAAUUGCAAGGGAUCCUGAAAUAUGGGAAAAUCCAGAAGAAUUUAUACCUGAGAGAUUCUUGAAUAGUGAUAUCGAUUUCAAGGGACAAAACUAUGAGCUAAUUCCAUUUGGAGAAGGAAGAAGACGAUGCCCGGGGAUGACACUUGGAGUUGCAGUGAUGGAACUUGCAUUAUCAAAUCUUCUUUAUGCAUUUGAUUGGGAAUUACCUAGUGGGUUGAAAAAAGAGGACAUUGAUACAGAUGUUAGGCCUGGAACUACCAUGCAUAAGAAAAAUGAGCUUUGCCUUGUACCUAAAAAUUACUUUAAAUGUGAAUUUACUGCGAGUUCUUGAGGUAUGUUGAAGUUAUUGAGCUUUCAACUCGAAUUAUGUAUACAUAUUCAUCAUACUGGAAAAUCAAUAGUAUAAUAUAUCAUCCUUCGGAACUUAUAUUUUAGAUUUAUGUUAUAUCAAACUGUUGUUUGACUCUUCUCCGAACUUCACCCAUAGUGGGAGUUCUAGUGUACUGGACUGUCCUAUGUCAUAUCAAAUUGAUUUCACCCUC